AUGGCGUCGCCGGGUGGUGGCGGGCACGCCGCGGAUCGGCCGGUGCCGCUGGAUGGGAUCACCGUCGACAGCGGAGGCGGCGGCGGCGGCGCCAGGGCGCAGGGGAUGGGGCUGCCUCGGCCGCCGGGGUGGAUGAAGCAGCCGUCGCGGCUGGCGUCCGGGGUGCGGCAGUUCGCGUCGCGGGUGUCGAUGAAGGUGCCGGACGGGGUGGCGGCCGGCAUCGGCAUCCGGCCGGGCGGCCUCGGCCGGAUGACGCGGAUGCAGUCCAGCGCGCAGGUGGGGCUCAAAGGCCUGCGCUUCCUCGACAAGACCUCCGGCGGCAAGGACGGCUGGAAGGCCGUCGAGCGCCGCUUCGACGAGAUGAACAAGGGCGGACUUCUCCCCAAGGAGAGCUUCGGCAAGUGCAUCGGCAUGGGUGACUCCAAGGAGUUCGCCGGCGAGCUGUUCGUGACGCUGUCGCGGCGGAGGAAGAUCGAGGCGGAGGCCGGCGUCAACAAGGAGCAGCUCAAGGAGUUCUGGGAGGAGAUGACCGACCAGAACUUCGACUCGCGGCUCCACAUCUUCUUUGACAUGUGCGACAAGAACGGCGAUGGGAUGCUCACGGAAGAUGAGGUCAAGGAGGUUAUUGUGUUGAGCGCGUCGGCAAACAAGCUGGCCAAGCUGAAGAGCCACGCAGCGACCUACUCGUCGCUGAUCAUGGAGGAGCUCGACCCCGACGACCGUGGCUACAUCGAGAUUUGGCAGCUGGAGACUCUGCUCCGAGGGAUGGUGAGCGCGCAGGCGCCAGAGGUGAAGCUGAAGCGGACGACGUCGAACCUCGCGAGGACGAUGAUCCCGCUGCGGUACCGGAGCCCGCUGAAGCGGCACCUCACCAAGACCAUGGACUUCAUCCACGAGAACUGGAAGCGGAUAUGGUUGGUGACACUGUGGCUGGCCGCCAACCUUGCCCUCUUCAUCUACAAGUUUGAGCAGUACAAGCACCGGGCCUCGUUCCAGGUCAUGGGCAACUGUGUCUGCAUCGCCAAGGGCGCUGCCGAGACACUGAAGCUUAACAUGGCGCUCAUCCUCCUCCCUGUAUGCCGCAACACGCUAACCACACUCAGGUCCACUGCUCUCAGCCAUGUCAUUCCCUUCGACGACAACAUCAACUUCCACAAGGUCCUCGCGGCCUCCAUCGCGAUCGGGACGACACUCCACACGCUCGCGCACGUCACCUGCGACUUCCCAAGGCUGAUCUCCUACCCGAAUGACAAGUUCAUGGCCCUGCUGGGGUCGAACUUUAACUGGAAGCAGCCGACGUACCUUGACCUUCUCCAGAGCACCCCGGGGAUCACCGGCAUCCUGAUGAUCAUCAUCAUGUCCUUCGCCUUCACACUGGCGAUGCACUCCUUCAGGCGGAGCGUCGUGAAGCUCCCGUCGCCACUGCAUCACCUAGCUGGCUUCAACGCCUUCUGGUACGCACACCACCUGCUGUUGGUCGCGUAUAUCCUCCUGGUGGUGCAUUCCUACUUCAUAUUCCUCACCAGGGAGUGGUACAAGAAGACGACAUGGAUGUACCUGGUAGUCCCUGUCCUCUUCUAUGCCUGCGAGAGAAUUAUCAGAAAAGUUCGCGAGAACAAUUUUGGCGUGACCGUUCUGAGGGCUGCCAUUUACCCUGGUAAUGUGCUCUCUCUUCACAUGAAGAAGCCACCAGGUUUCAAGUACAAGAGUGGGAUGUACCUGUUUGUCAAAUGCCCUGAUGUCUCGCCUUUCGAAUGGCAUCCGUUCUCCAUCACUUCUGCACCUGGAGAUGACUACCUGAGCGUGCAUAUCCGCACACUAGGUGACUGGACAUCUGAACUCAGGGACUUAUUCGGAAAGUGUUGCGAGGCACAAGUUACUUCUAAGAAGGCUACCCUUUCAAGACUUGAAACUACGGUUAUCGCAGACUCUCAGAUAGAGGACACUAGGUUUCCUAAGGUCUAUAUUGAUGGCCCUUAUGGUGCGCCUGCACAAAAUUACAAGAAAUAUGACAUUCUUUUGCUUGUUGGUCUUGGGAUCGGCGCCACUCCUUUCAUCAGCAUACUCAAAGAUCUCUUGAACAAUAUAAAGACUAACGAUGAGGUGGAAAGCGUACACGGUUCUGAGAUAGGCAGCUUCAAAAACAAUGGGCCAGGGAGAGCUUACUUCUACUGGGUUACAAGAGAGCAAGGAUCAUUUGACUGGUUCAAAGGAGUCAUGAAUGAAGUUGCUGACAGCGACCACAGCAAUGUCAUAGAGAUGCACAAUUACCUCACCAGUGUGUAUGAAGAAGGCGAUGCCAGGUCAGCGUUGAUUGCCAUGGUUCAGUCACUCCAGCAUGCCAAAAAUGGUGUUGAUAUCGUCUCUGGAAGCAAGAUUCGGACACAUUUUGCAAGACCUAACUGGAGAAAAGUAUUUGCUGAUUUGGCCAAUGCCCACAAGAAUUCGCGCAUAGGUGUGUUCUAUUGUGGGUCUCCAACACUCACAAAACAACUCAAGGAUCUUUCAAAAGAAUUCAGCCAGUCAACCACAACUCGGUUCCAUUUCCACAAGGAGAACUUCUAAGACCCUACCAGAAUUUUUUUAAACAGUUGCAGAUAUACUUGUAUAGGAAAAGAAACAUGAUACCAUUCGCAGAGUAAAUAUAGUUUUACAAGUUUUGUUGUACGCUGGGUUGUACAAAUACAUCGAAAGCUAGUGUCACCAGCAUACAUAGGCUGGAAUAUUUAGAGACAUCUACAUUGGAACAAUGAGAUUGAUUCUUAGAAUAAUUGAGCUCCAGGUGUUGCUCCUUGCACGCGCAUGUUUUCUCUCUUCA